AUGAUCGUCACUUAUCUGGCGAAUAUCGUUCUCCUCUUGCCCGAUUUGACGUCCACAGAAGCGAAUAAGUUACAACAAAUAGCCGACCAGCAGCUAGAGGAGGGGGGCUUCAAACUACCACCACGAGGGGAUUCUUUGAGAAGAUCCGAACCCAUCGACUACGACACGAUACAAAAGGCGGGAGGGGCAAAGCUUUGGCCCUACCUUCUUUCGACUCCAUCAACCGCGAGUGUACCAUCAAGAAAAGAGCGCCGAAAGCAGCCGAAUUUCGGCCCGUGUCGAGCAAUCAACGAGACGACGCGGAAGGAACUGCUUCAGGAUCUAUUUGAUGGGGACAACUAUGAUAAGAACACUUUGCCAUCAGCCAAUUCGACAGAGGUGGUCGUCGAGCUGACCGUCCAAUCGAUAACUGAAAUCAGCGAGUUUUCGAGUAGUUUUAAGGCCGACGUCUGGUUCUCCCAAAUCUGGCGCGACCCCCGGCUCGACUUUCGGGACCAAAAUUAUUGCCUCCAAAAUUUGUCGCUAGCUGCUCAUAAGCUGCCUCAACUAUGGUCACCCAACGUCUGCUUUGUCAACAGCAAAAAGGUCGAAAUCCAUGCAUCACCAUCACAAAAUAUCCUACUUCUCAUAUUUCCAAACGGAACAGUGUGGUUGAAUUUUCGCGUAUCACUGCAGGGACCUUGCAAAUUGGAUUUGACAUACUUUCCAAUGGAUCGGCAGACUUGUAAUUUGAUAUUUGAGAGCUACAGCUACAACACGGCUGAAGUGCGAAUAGUAUGGCGAGACUGGGAAGCGGUCUCGAUUCCGGAUCCGGACAGCAAAUUACUUCCGGAUUUCGAGCUGAUCGGAUUUCAACAUUCAAGUCAAACCCUGGUCUACACGGCCGGGCUCUGGGAUCAACUGGAAGUCGUUUUUCAAUUCAGAAGGCUUUAUGGCUACUACGUCUUGCAGGCCUAUAUGCCGACGUAUCUCUCGGUGUUCAUCUCCUGGAUUGCGUUCUGGAUUGAUACGAAAGCCCUUCCUGCCCGGAUUACACUUGGUGUCAGCUCAUUAAUGGCGUUGACCUUUCAAUUUGGUAAUAUCGUGAAAAAUCUGCCUCGUGUCAGCUAUGUCAAGGCCCUAGACAUUUGGAUGUUUGGCUGUGUCGGGUUCAUCUUUCUGUCGCUGGUUGAGCUAGCCGUCGUCGGGUUCGCAGAUAAAAUUGACGGAAAACGGAGGCGACACCAACGCGCGAAAGAACAACUAAUUAUGCGUUCCGAUAGUGAGCAACAAUGGCUAGCCCGUCUCAGUGGCCAUCGACCAAGCCAAAUGGUCUGCAACGACCCGAACGGAAAUCAAAGGACACCAACUAAUCAAGCAGACCCCCCACCAACAUCCGGUGCCACUGAAGAAAAUGGGCAUGCCAAUCGACACAGAGGGAGUCAAGACUGUGGAAUACCACCGCGAGGAGUGAGAAUGAGCAAAAUGCUGCUCCAUCAGGAAGCCCCACAUCAGGUCAACGGGGAGAAGAUUGAUGAGAUCUCGGCCAAGUUGUUCCCGCUCCUCUUCACGGCAUUCAACAUCUUCUACUGGUUCUACUAUAUUGGAAUGUCUGGCGGAGUAUUUGGAGCUGACGCU